CAAAGCUGGGAUUGCAUCUCUGGUGACACCUCCGCACAGUCAACAUUAAGCAGGGAGAGCGAAACAAGCAGACAGAGUGACUGGGAUGAAAAGGACGACAUAGGUUGCUGGAGAGUCACGGGAGAAAGAGAGAAAGGGAGACAUGAGCUAUUUGAAGAUGAGGCAGAAGCAGUCAAGUAGUAAAUAAUUGAUCAUCGUUUUUUGAGAGUGGUCGUGUCACAGCAGCAGCAUCAGCAACAGCAGCAGGACACGAUCUGUUUAACAAAACAACUUAAAGGACGUUUUCAAAUGCAACCUGGAAGCUGUUUGGUCCCUGCGAACCUGAGGAUUUUAAGUGGCAUUUUCAUUAGAAUUAAUUGAACUCUCAAAAUGAUUGCAUGAAGAAUAUGAUGCCUAUCCAUUAUCAGUAAUUAAGAAUUGAAGCUGCUAAUCUAUCAGAGAUGGCUGUCAACAGUUUCCCCAUCGUCCUCGUGCUACUGAUCGGCUCUUGCACAUCGCACCCAUCACCUCCUCCUCCACUGGGAUGUAGCGAACAUGUGGAGCCCCCUUACAGAGUGCUGUGUGACCUGGAGUCAGUGUGGGGUGUUGUUUUGGAGGCAGUGGCCUGCAGCGGGGGCCUCACCUCUCUGAUUGUCGCUGUGCUCCUACUGGUCAAACUUCGCUCCAUUUCAGACCCGGCCAGACGCUCUGGCGUGGGACCGCUUCUCCUGCUCCUAGGAACUCUCCUUGGCAUAUUCCCCAUCUCUCUGGCUUUCCUUGUGGGAAAGAAUCAGGUCUUCUGUGUGGUUCGCAGAGCAUUUUGGGGCCCCCUCUUUGCCCUUUGCUUCUCCAGCUUGCUGGUCCAGGGCCUGAGGCUCAGGAGGCUGGUGGCUGGGAAGACGAGCCCGUCCGGAAGCACGCUGGCUGCACUGGGCCUGGCACUAGCUUUGGUUCAGGGGAUCAUUUCUGCUGAAUGGGUCCUUCUCACUGUAGUCAGGGAGGGUCAUCCAGCCUGUGAGUAUCCUCCUUUGGACUUUGCUCUGACAUGCAGCUACACCUUAGGGCUGCUCCUCAUAGCGAUGGGGCUCUCUCUAGGGGUAGUGCUGUGUGGGGGGGAACUGGGGGCAGAGGCAGCUCAUGACACUGAUGAGGAUAGAGAAGAAGACAGUGACAAAAGGAGAUGGAAGUGUAAUGCAGUGUGGCUCUUCCUGGCAAGUCUGGCAUCAGCGUUGCUUUGGGUGGCCUGGCUUGGCUUUUAUCUCUAUGGGAGCCAAGCAGUGAGGGUGAGGGGGAAAGUGGGGAGGUCAGGAGGAGGCGCGGGAAAGGCGGAGGACCGUGUGCUGGACGAGCCUGCUCUGGCAGUGGCCCUGGUUGUUCAAGGCUGGAUCCUUUUGCUGUUUCACGGCAUUCCAGAGAGCCACCUAUGUCUCUGGAACCGUUCACAAUGCAGCAGGCAAGAUUUCUUUGAGACCACUGAGACAACUCCUCCUCCACAUUUCAGAGAUGAGCUCCCCGUACACUCUCACCAACCCUUCCAGGAAAACCAGGCCUUUUCUAUGGAGGAGCAUGGUGCAAGUACGCCCGUGUCGUGUCCCCGAAGUGGAAACUACCAGAGCGGUCAUGGGAGUGUUCGCCCUGGCAUCGCCUUCAGAGGUCAUGUCUACCAACCAACUGAAAUGGCUCUUGUUAUGAAUGGUGGUACGAUGCCCACGGCCCCCAUUAACUACACCGGAAGACGACUGUGGUAAAGUGGUAAUGUGACUCGAAUCCCUGUGUCACAUGUAUGCUCCUUUAUUUCCCGAUGCCUGACCAGGAGUAAUAAUUCAAAAAGACAGAACAUAUCAUACAGGAUGGACUGACAACCGUUCAAUACUGUUGAUGUUUCUGCAUACUGUACAUGUUUGAAUUCUGCAUUUUGAAGGCAAAUGCUGAAGGUUUGGGUCGCUUUUUCAAAAUGAAAGGACUGGAAGUGACUACAGUUGAGUACAUUUUGCCGGUGUAAAUAGCAGUUACAGUGCUUUAGUAUUAUCAACGCACAGAUGUCUGUAAUAUGUAAAUAAGCUAGCAUGAAGUGUUUGAGGUGGGGCGAUAAUGUGUGGGGUUGAGGAUGAUAUAAACCUUCAGGAUAUGAAUUUACAGCACAGCCUUACAAAAGCUUGCUUUGUCUCCGACUUUUCUCGGCAUUGUCCGUAUUGCCCGAAAUCUUGCAUAAUAUGCAUAUGAAUGUAACGGAAAGAAAGUCUAUGGACGACCUAAAAAGCCAUUUACCAAUACAUUCAAUAGUGAAUGCAUUAGGUACACCUCCUACCUGUGCAAUCUAAUAUGGACCAAAACAAGAGCUGUAUUAAAAGUACUGUCUUUACUCUCAUGUGCAGUAGUUAAAUACAGUAAACAAAAUAUUAUAAACACAGUUCAGUAUGAUCCAGUUUAGUUUUACAAUAUGACCACAAUAAUAUGCAUAUUGUUAAAUGAAUACCAUUGUGACAACAGUGUUAAUUGAAAUGGAACAUUAUUUGCAAAAGAAUAAUUUGUGUUAAAGCUCUUGCAUUGGUUCUCAUUAGAUUAGUGAUUCCUAACCACCCCAGUGUGCCAUGAGAGGUCAUCAGGGAAAUUAUCCAAGUUCACUAAAUUUGUCUGAAGAUUUUUAUUUAUUAAUUACACAAGAUUGUUUUCAUCUAUCGACUUAUAAUGGCAGGCGGAACAAUUCAAACCUCCUGUUAGAUGGCAGAAGAUACAAUAAACCUGCGCAACCACCUGUUGCCAUUCAUAUAACAGAAGAGGCCAUGGCUUCCUCUGAGGAUAUCAGCUUAGUGUUUAAUUCACCAACCCCAGAUUUCACGCUUCGUAAGGCCAUUUCUGAGUAAAUUGAGAUGAUAAUUAUUUCAGUAUUCAUACGUUUUGUGACAUUUUUGUUUGGUGCUGUGCCGUGAGAUUUUUAUAAUGUAAAAUGGGUGCCUUGGCUCAAAAAUGUUUGAGAAGCACUAGUGCAAGUGUACCUAAUGAUGUGACCAAUGAGUGGAAAUACAUGAGAGACAGUACAAGGUUUAAGAUAUCUUGGAGGCUGUACUUUGCACUUUAUCAGAGAUAAUAUGGUAUCUGUGUGGUAAUAUUGGAGAUCUAUUAUCUUGUAAAAGUAUAAUAUUUUGAUAUUUUGUCAGUAUGAUUUAUUUUGGGUGUUUUCUAGGAUUUUAAUGUCCAUAUUGAGUGGAGAAAAGACUUUUUGGCCAGCUGCCAAAAGAUCCUACCAAUAUUGGAAGAGACUAACAAGAAAUAUCUUGAUUGGCAUCUGGCCAUCAUUAUGUCCCAAUGAAUAUCAUUUGAUACAACUCGACUGACCAACAAAAGUGUGAUGUAGACACUAUGCUCGACCACUUUUAGUAUGUUCUUUUUUUUAAUUAUAAUGUGUGAGUGUCGCCAAUGUGUAUAACACCAAUGUGGUUCUUAGAAAAUUUGAAACUUUUAUUUCUAACAUGGUCAGUUGAGAUAAAAUGUUAGAAAACCUUUGUUUGCAAAUGCAACUGUUUUUUAUAUUACUGUACAAGCUGUGACUCAAAAUAUUCACUAAGGCUGUGGGUGUUCAAAUGCAUCAGACGUCAAGCAGAAAAAAACAAAACAGUUUUACUGCAGCCAAUCUAAUCAAGCACCCCAUUGUGCACCAAAUCUGACUUUCUGACUAAUUAAUGAGCUAUUGUGAGUUUUCUGCUAUGUUGAUUUUGUGAGUGAGAGUUAUGGUACAAUUUUGUACACUGCAAAUAUUAUCUUGACAGUUUACAAUGUUAUGUACAGUAAUAUCCUUCUAUAAAUUACUUUUAAUCAAGUGUGUUAUAAAGUUUGAAAAGCACUGGUAUUUACCUUUUAAUGAUUUUAUGGCAAUUCCACUCUCACCAUUUUAUGGCAGCAUAACAUGAAUCUUUCGAAUGUAAUUUGCACAGAGUGACAAAUACAUAUGCACAUUUUCUCUUAAA